AUGGAUGGGUCCGGAGAGCGCAGCCUCCCGGAGCCUGGCAGCCAGGACUCGGCAGCGGCGGGCAGUGACAUGGAGAUCGUGGUCAACGUGGGGGGCGUGCGACAGGUGCUGUACGGAGAUCUGCUCAGCCAAUAUCCCGAGACGCGGCUGGCCGAGCUGGUGAACUGCUUGGCUGGCGGCUACGACACCAUCUUCUCGCUGUGCGACGACUACGACCCCGGCAAGCGCGAGUUCUACUUUGACCGGGACCCGGACGCGUUCAAGUGCGUCAUCGAGGUCUACUACUUCGGGGAGGUGCACAUGAAGAAGGGCAUCUGCCCGAUCUGCUUCAAGAGCGAGAUGGACUUCUGGAAGGUAGACCUGCGCUUCCUGGACGACUGUUGCAAGAGCCACCUGAGCGAGCGGCGUGAGGAGCUGGAGGAGAUCGCGCGCCGCGUGCGCCUCAUCUUGGACGACCUGGGCGUGGACGCGGCCGAGGGUCGCUGGCGCGGCUGCCAGAAGCGUGUGUGGAAAUUCCUGGAGAAGCCCGAGUCGUCGCGGCCAGCGCGGGUGGUGGCCGUGCUAUCCUUCUUGCUCAUUCUCGUGUCGUCAGUGGUUAUGUGUGUGGGCACCAUCCCUGAACUGCAGGUGCUAGACGCCGAUGGCAACCGCGUGGAGCACCCCACGCUGGAGAACGUGGAGACAGCAUGCAUCGGCUGGUUCACACUCGAGUACCUGCUGCGCCUCUUCUCGUCACCCAACAAGCUGCAUUUUGUGCUGUCCUUCAUGAACAUCGUGGACGUGCUGGCCAUCCUGCCCUUCUAUGUGAGCCUCACUCUCACGCACCUCGGCGCGCGCAUGAUGGAGCUCACCAACGUGCAGCAGGCGGUGCAGGCGCUGCGUAUCAUGCGCAUCGCCCGCAUCUUCAAGCUGGCGCGCCACUCCUCAGGCCUGCAGACCCUCACCUAUGCGCUCAAGCGCAGCUUCAAGGAGCUGGGGCUGCUGCUCAUGUACCUGGCCGUGGGCAUCUUCGUCUUCUCGGCGCUGGGCUACACCAUGGAGCAGAGCCACCCGGAGACGCUGUUCAAGAGCAUCCCCCAGUCCUUCUGGUGGGCCAUCAUCACCAUGACCACUGUGGGCUACGGGGACAUCUACCCCAAGACCACGUUAGGCAAGCUCAAUGCUGCCAUCAGCUUCCUGUGCGGCGUCAUCGCCAUCGCGCUGCCCAUUCACCCCAUCAUCAACAAUUUUGUCCGCUACUACAACAAGCAGCGUGUCCUGGAGACGGCGGCCAAGCACGAGCUGGAGCUCAUGGAGCUCAACUCCAGCAGCGCAGCUGGGGCGUCUGAAGGCAAGGCAGGCGGCUCCCGCAGCGACCUGGACAUCCCAGCCCUGCCGGAACCUGCCGGGAAGGAGGGGCCAAGCUGGGGCAGCCGCCUGAAACUCUCACACAGCGAUACCUUCAUCCCCCUUCUGACGGAGGAGAAGCACCACAGGACCCGGUUGCAGAGCUGCAAGUGAUGGAGGGAUUCCCAGCAGAUGGGGGGCGGG